AUGUUGCGGUUGCGCCUCUGGGCCCCAGGGCUCCUCCUCACGCUGCAACCACUGUGGCUGCUGGUCCAGGCGCCACCUAUACCCGCAUGGACAUGGAAUCUGGACCGGCUGAACUCUGACCCCCCCGGGCUGACCAAACCCUGGUCUUUGCCCUCGCCUGAUCUCGCACCCCAAUCGCCCCCUGCGCUUACAGCCCCGCCCGAGCCAGGGGGCUCUGACUACACGGAGUCCCCGGCUCCAGCCCAGAUGUUGGCCGGGCCUCAGGAAUUCUUUAAGAUGUUGAACCCAGAUUCGGCUCCACAGCUGCCCCCCAAGGGCAAUCGGUUGGCUGGUCCACAUUGGCGUCGGAGGUUCCCGAAGGUGAUUCCGAUGUAUGAUUGGAAUGAGAAUGAGGCCGUAACUCUGCCUCGACUCAAAAGAAAGACUGAAACUGAAGGGACCCCAGAUCAGCCUCCAGAGCCCCCUGAAUUUGAUCCUACUCUACCUACGGUGGAACGCCCUGAGCUUCCUGAGGAGGAGGAACCUUCAGUUGAACAAGGGGCCCCAGCUCAGACUUCAGAGGCCCCUCAGUCAAUGAAACCUUACCUAGCCCAUCAGGAGGCCCCACAUCUGCCUCUAGAGCCCCCUACGGAGAUGGAACCAUCUCGACUCCAGCAGGAAGCCCCUGCUGAGACUUUGCAGACCACUGAAGGGGUUAAACCUCCAGUCCAGCAGGAGGCCCCAUCUCAGCCUCCAGAGUCCCCUCAGGAGGUAGAACCUUUUUCAGCCCAGCAAGAGACUUCAGCUGAGCCUCCAGAGCCUGCUGAGAUUGGAGAACCUUCUCGAGUCCAGCAAGGGGCCCCAACAGAGCUUCCAGAGCCCUCUAAGGUAGAAAAGCCUUUUCCUAUAGAGCAGGAGACCCCAGUUCAGAGUCCAGAGGCACCCGAGGAGCAUGAACCUUCUCUAACCCAGCAGGAGGCUCAGACUCAGUCUCUAGAGCCACCUAAAGCAGUUAUACCUCAGAUUUCAGUGCAUCAUGAGGUGAGUCUUCAAACUCCAGGUCGGAAUCAACCUCAUCAUUCAACCUUGCCCAAUAUCACAAUGCAGCCAGUGGAUGUGGAGCUUACCCUAACCCCAGAGCACAAGAAGGAGGUGCAAUCAUGUCCAACUCAGCAGAAAGCCCCAGCACAGCCCCCAAAGCCUCCCCAGGAGGUUAAACCAUCUUCAAGCCAGCAGGGGGCCCCAGCUCAGCCUCCAACGACUCCCCAGGAAGUCGAACCUUCUCCAAUCCAGCAGGAGGCUCCAGCUCAGCCUCCAGAGCGACCUGAGGAAGUUGAGCCUUCUUCAGUCCAGCAGGAGGCUCCAGCUCAGCCUCCAAAGCCCUCUGAAGGGGUCAAACCUUCUCCAGGCAUUCAGGAAGCCCCUGCACAGCCUCCAAAGCCUCUAGAGGAAGUGAAACCUUCUCCAGUCCAGGCGGAAGCCCCAGCUAAGCCUCCAAAGCUCUCUGAGGAGGUCGAACAUUCUCCAGGCCAUGAGGAAGCCCCAGCACAGCCUCCAAAGCCCCCUGAGGAGGUUGAAGCUUCUCCAGUCUCACAGGAGGCUCCACUUCAUCCUCCAAAGCCCUCUGAGGAAGGUGAACCUUCUCCAGUCCCACAGGAGGUGCCAGUUCAGCCUCCAAAGCCCUCUGAGGAGGUUGAACCUUCUCCAGGUCAUCAGGAAGCCCCAUCGCAGCCUUCGAAUGCUACUGAAGAAGUUGAAGCUUCUCCCACCCAGCAGGAGACCCCAGGUCUGCUUCCACAGAGCCCAGAGGAGGUUGCGUCUUCUUCAGUCCAGCAGGAAGUUCCAGCACAGUCUCCAAUGCUUCCACAGGAGGUUAAACCUUCUCCAGCUGAGCAGGAGGCUCCAGCUCAGACUCCAGAGCCCCCUGAGGAGGUUGAACCUUCCUCAGUCCAGCAGGAAGCUCCAGCAGUACCUCCAAAGCCUCUAGAGGAAGGUGGAACUUCUCCGGUCCAGCAGGAGUCCCCAGCUCUACAUCCAGAGCCAUCUCAGGAGGUUGAGCCUUCUCCAAUGCAGCAGGAAGCCAUAGCCCAGUCUCUGAAUCCUCCCCAGAAGGUUAAACCUUCAAUACAGGAGGAGACCCCAGGUCUGCCAGCAGAGCAAGCUGAGGAGUUUGAGGCUUCUCCAGUGCAGCAGGAAGCCCCAGCUCAGCAUCCAAAGCCCUCUGAGGAGGCUGAACCUCCUCCAACCCAGCAGGAAGCCCCAGCACGGCCUCUAAAGCCCUCUGAGGAGGUUGAACCUCCUCCAGCCCAGGAGGAAGCCCCAGCUCAGCCUCCAAAGCCGUUGGAGGAGGUUGAAUCUUCUCCAGUUCAGCUGGAGGCUCCAGCUCAGCCUCCAAAGCCCUCUGAGGAGGUUGAACUUCCUCCAGUUCAGCAGGAAGCUCCAGCUCAGCUUCUAAAGCCUCACCAUGAGGUCAAACCUUCUCCAAGCCAGCAGGAGCCUCCAUCUCAGCCACCACAGCCUCUCCAAGAGGUCCAACCUCCAACUGAGCAACAGUCCCCAGUUCAACCUCCAGAGCCUCCUGAGCAGAUUGAACCUUCUCCAGUGCAGCAGGAAGUUCCAGCACAUCCUCCAAAGCCCUUUGAAUGUAUUGAACCUUCUCCAAACCAGCAGGAAUUUCCAGCUGAGUCACCAAGGCCCCCCGAAGAAAUUCAACCUCCAACAGAACAGGAGACCCCAGCUCCACCUCCAGAGCUCCCUGAGAAGGAUGAACCUUCUCCAGUGCCGCAGGAAGCCCCAGCACAGCCUCCAAAACCUCAACAAGAGGUUAAACCUUCUCCAGUUCAGCAGGAAUCUCCACUUCAGCUUCCAAAGCCUCCCCAUGAGGUUGAACCUUCUCCAGGCCAGCAGGAGGCUCCAGCUCAGCUUCCAAAGCCUCCCCAUGAGGUUGAACCUUCUCCAGGCCAGCAGGAGGCUCCAGCUCAGCUUCCAAAGCCUCCCCAUGAGGUUGAACCUUCUCCAGGCCAGCAGGAGGCUCCAGCUCAGCCUCCAGAGCCUCCUGAGGACGUUAAACCCUCUCCAUUCCAGCAUGAAACCCCAGCACAACCUCCAAAACCUCCCCAGAAGGUUAAACCUCCAGUAUAUCAUGAAGCCCAGGCACAACCUCCAAAGCACUCUGAAGGUCAGCCUCCAGAGUCCCCUGAGGAGGUUGGACCCUUUUCAACCGAGGAACAAAUCCUAGCUCAGCGUCCAGAUCCACCUAAGGAGGUUGAACUUUCUUCCGUUCAGCAGGAGUACCCAGUUCAACUUCGAGAUCUUCCUGACAAUUCCCAACCUUCUCCAGUUGAGCAGAAGGACCCACCACAGCCCACAGAGCCCAAAAAGAAGGGUGAAACUCCUUCGGCACACCAGGAGGACCUAGCUCAGCCUCCAGAGCUCCUUGAGGAGGUUGAACGUUCACCCAUUCAACUGGAUGACCCAACACAACUCCCAGACCCUGUUAAAGAGGAUGAGCCUUCUCUAACCCAGCAGGAAGAUCCACCUCUACCUCCAGAGCCCCCUGAGGAGGCCGAACCUUCUCCAGUCCUGCAAGAGGGCCUAGCUCAACCUCCAGAGUUCCCUACAGAGGUUGUAACUCAACCAGAAGGGCAUCAUGAGGUGACGAUUUCCCCUCCAGGUCAAGGUAAAACUCAUCAUCCAAUGUUGGCCAAAGUCACAGUUAAAUCUCUGUAUCUGGAGUUUCCCAUAAUUACAGAAACCACUACAGAGGUUCAACUUUCCCCAGACCAGCAGGAGGCCACAACUCAAUCUCCAGAGCCGCUUGUUGAGGCUGAACCUUCUCCAAGCCAGCUGGUGACCCCAACUCAGACUCUGGAGCAUCCUACAGAGGAUGUACCUUCUCCAGAGCAGCAAGAGGUCUCAUCACAGUCUCCAGAGUCCACUGAGGAGGUUGAACCAUCUCCAGCCCUGCAGGAGGCCUCCACUCAGCCUCCAGAGUCCACUGAGGAGGCUGAACCAUCUCCAGCCCUGCAGGAGGCCUCCACUCAGCCUCCAGAGUCUCCUGCAGAGGUUGGACCUUCUCCAGCCCAGCAGGAAGACUCAACAGAGCCUGUGGAUGCCACAGAAGAGGUCCAACUUCCUUCAGGUCAGCAGGAAGCCCCAGCUCAAUCUCCAGAGCAACCUGAGGAAUUUGAACCUCCUUCAAACUUACAGGAGACCCCAGCUGAGACUUCAGAGCCCCCUACAGAGGUUGUAACACAACAUACAGGGCAUCAUGAGGUGACAGUUUCAUCUACAGGUCAGAGUGAAGCUCAGCAUCCACCGUUUCCCCAUACCACAUUUAAACCUCUAAACCUGGAGCUCACUAUAUCUUCACAACCCACUACAGAGACUGGACCUUUUCCAACCCAAGUAGAGGCUUCAUCCCAAGCUCCAAAUUCUCCUGAAAAGGCUGAACCUUCUUCAGUCGAGCAGGAAGCUCCAGUUCAGCUUCCAGAGCCCUUUGAGGGGAUAGAACCAUUUUCAUCCCAGCAGGAGGCACCAGCUCAGUCCCCUGAGCCCCCUGAGGCCGUAGAAUCUUCUCUGUUCCAGCAGGAGACUCCACUUCUGCCUCAGGAGCCUCAUACACAGCUGGAAACUUCCCCAAACCAGCAGGAGGUCCUAUUUCAGACUCCAGAGCCCCCCAAGGAGGUUGAGCCUUCUCCAUCCCAGCAGGAAGCCCCAGUUCAGUCUCCUGAGCCCCCUAUGCCAGCAGAACUUUCUCCAUCCCAGCAGGAGGUCCCAGCUCUUACUCCAGAGCCCACUAAGGAAGUAGAAUCCUCUCUGUUCCAGCAGGAGACUCUACCUCAACCUCUAGAGUCUACUGCACAGGUGGAAACUUCCCCAAACCAUCACGAGAUACCAUUUCAGGCUCCAGAGCCCCCUGAGAAGGUUGAACCUUCUCCUGAGCCUCCUAUGCAAGUAGAGCCUUCUCCAAUCCACCAAGAGUCCUCAUCUCAGCCUCCAGAGCCCUCUAAGGAAGGUGAACCUUCUCCAGCCCAGCAGGCGACUCCAACUCAUUCUCUUGAGCCAACUAUGAAGAUAGAACCUUCUCCAAUCCAGCAAGAGGCCCCAUCUCAGCCUCCAGAGCCCCCUGAGGAAGUCCAACCUUCUCCAGUCCAGUAUGAGGCUCCUGCUGCACCUCAAGAACCCCUUACAAAUGUACAACCAUCUUCAGUGCAGCAGGAGGUCCCAGCUGCAACUUCAGAACUACAUAAGGAGGUAGGGUCUUCUCCAGUCAAGGAGGGGGCCCCAGCUCUAACUCCAGAGCCUUUUGAGAAUGUCCAACCAUUUGGAGUCCAGCAUACAGCCUCUUCCCAACCUCCAGAACCCCCUAAAGAGGUUGAAUCUUCUCCAAGCCAACAGGAAGCCCCAGACUCACCUCCAGAGCCCCCUAAGGAAGUGGAGCCUCCUCCAUCCCUGCAGGAGGUCCCACCUCAGGCAUCUGAGCCUUCUAAAGAGGCUGAACCUUCUCCAACUCAGCAGAAGGCUCCAGUUCAUCCUCCGGAACCCCCUAAGGAGAUAGAACCUUCUCCAGUCCAGCAGGGAGUUCCAGCACAGUCUUCGGAGCAUCCUAAGGUGGAGGAAUCUUUGACAACCCAACAGGUACCCCCAGCUCAACCUCUGGAGCCUCCUAAGGAGGGUUCAGCUCAACUUCCAGUGCUUCAUGAGGUGAUAGUUUCACCAACAGGUCAAUAUCAAGCUGAGCCUUUAAACUUUCCCAAGAUUACAGCUCAGCCUUUGGACCUGGAGCUUACCGUAACUCCAGAACACACUAUAGAGGCUGAACAUUCUACAACCCGGCAGAAGACUACAGCUUCACCUCCAAAUUGUUCUGAGGUGACCAUUCCACAUCCAGAUCAGUUUCAGACUCAGCAUCCAAAUCUGACUGACAUCACAGUUCAACCAGUGGACCUGGAAGUUACUAUAACUCCAGAACCCAAUAUGGAGGUUGAACCUUCUCCAGUCAAACAGGAGACACCAAUUCAGCCCCCAGAGCCUCUUAAGGAGGUUGUGACUCAACCUCUAGUGAAUCACGAGGUGACAACUCCACUGUCAGGACAGGAUCAAGCUCAGCAUUCAAACUUGCCCAAAGUCACAGUUAAACCUGUAGACCUGGAGCUGACCAUAACUCCAGUGCCCACUAUGGAGGCUGAAUAUUCUACAACCCUGCAGAAGACCACAGUUCCUCCUACAAAGCAAGUCACCAUUCAAACUUUGGACUUGGAACUUACCAUAUCAGCAGAAGACAUUACAGAGGUUGAGUCUACUCCAACCAAGCAGGAGACUCCAACUCAGCCUCCAGAGCCUCCUCAGGGUGCUGUAGCUCAACAUCCAGCACAUCAUGAGGUGACAGUUCCACCUCCAGGUCACGAUGCAGUUCAGCAUCCAAACUUGUCCAACGUCACAGUUCAACCUUUGGACCUGGAGCUUACCAUAUCUCCAGAACCCGAAGCAGAGGUUGAACCUUCUCCAACCAGGCAAGAGACCCCAACUCAGCUUCCAGAGCCACCUGAGGAGGUUGUAGCUCAAUUUCCGGUGUAUCACGAGGUGACAGUUUCACCUACUCUUCAGGAUCAAGCUCAGCAUUCAAACUUACCCAACGUCACGGUUAAACCUGUGGACCUGGAGCUGACCAUAAUUCCAGAACGCACUAUGGAGGCUGAAUAUUCUACAGGCCUGCAGAAGACUAUGACUUCUUCUCCAGAGCACCCUGAGGUGACAUUACCACCUCCAGACCAGGUUCAUGCUCAGCAUCCAAACCUGACUGAAAUCAUAGUUCAACCUUUGGACCUGGAACUUACUGUAACCCCUGAAUUGACUUCAAAGAUUGAACGUUCUACAGCCCUGCAGAAGACCACACCUCCUCCAAAGCAAAUCACGGUUCAGCCUUUGAAUUUGGAGCCUACCGUAUCUCCAGAACCCAUUCCAGAAGUCCAACAUACUACAGCCCUGCAGAAGACCACAUCUCCUCCAAAGCAAGUUACAGUUAAACCUUUGGAUCUAGAGCUUAUGGUGUCUCCAGAACCCACUAUGGAGGUCACACAUUCUACGACCCUGCAGAAGACCACAUCUCCUCCAAAGCAAGACACAGUUAAACCUUUGGAUCUAGAGCUUACAGUAUCUCCAGAACCCACUAUGGAGGUCACACAUUCUACGACCCUGCAGAAGACCACAUCUCCUCCAAAGCAAGACACAGUUAAACCUUUGGAUCUAGAGCUUACAAAGACCACAUCUCCUCCAAAGCAACUACAGGAACAGAAUGCUGUUAUACGUUACACCUCAAAAAGGGCACCGAUGCCUUUAACUGUGCAGUGGGAACAGAAUGCCACCAACGGAACGAACAUAUGUGAGCUCUGUGUCUGCCAGGAUGAAACGCUGUCCUGUACUGGCCUCCGCCCAGAGAAGAGGCUCCACAGAGUGCCUGUGCCAGAGCUCAACGAGUACAAUGGCACCUUCACUGUCUUAAAUUUCCAAGGAAACUCUAUUUCUUAUAUUGAGGAAAAUAUUUGGAAGGCAUACCGUUGGACUGAGAAACUAAUUCUCAGUGAAAACUCUUUGACCGAAUUACGUAAGGAUUCGUUUGAAGGCCUGCUAUCCCUCCAGUAUUUAGAUUUAUCCUGCAAUAAAAUACAGUCUAUUGAAAGACGUACAUUUGAACCACUACCUUUUUUACAGUUUAUAAACCUUGGCUGCAACUUAAUCACAGAACUUGGCUUUGGAACGUUUCAGGCCUGGCAUGGAAUGCAGUUUUUACACACGUUAGUUCUCAAUCGUAAUCCUCUGACAACCGUCGAAGAUUCUUAUCUUUUUAAAUUGCCAGCAUUAAAAUAUUUAGACAUGGGAACAACACAAGUGUCACUUACAACAGUUGAAAACAUCCUCAUAAUGACACUCCAGCUGGAAAAACUGAUCUUACCUAGUCAUAUGGCAUGCUGCCUGUGCCAGUUUAAAAGUACCAUUGAAGUUGUCUGCAAGACACUGAAGCUGCAUUGUGACAGUGAAUGUCUGAUAAACACCACACGUUGCAGUGAAGAAGCAUCUCUGGGGGCUGCAGAAGGAACGUUCAUGAAGGCAUUACAAGCCCGGAAGAAGAACACCAGCACUGAGCUCACUAUUGAGCCAGAAGAAGCAUCCUCAGACAAAAACGUCAAUUUGUCAACUGUCCUGAAUGAGCCUCUGGACUUCCAUGAUGAAAGUGAUGUUAUUAGUGCCCUAAAUUACGUAUUGCAUUAUUUCUCAGAGGGAAAUCUAGAAGACAUAGAAUUGACAUUAUUACCCUUCAUUAAACUGCUUUUUUCCAAUGUACAAGAUAGAGAAAAGGUCCUGAGUUAUUUGCAAAACAACACAGGGAAUCCCCCUCUUAAGCCUGGAAACAACAAUGCAACUUACAGAAAUAAAUUGAGGAAACUCUAUUUUCUGGGGAAUUUGUUAGAUUCAGAAAUUCAAGAAAAAAUUGACGCGGUUAAAAAGAAAGAGAAAACUGCUGUGCUUAUGUAUCCCAACUUUUUAGACGCCAAAUUUAAACGCCAAACCUUUCAAAAGAAAUUGGAAACUGCUCAACCCCAGGAAAACCACCUGGCAAAGACCCAGAGAACAGGUGUCGGGAAAAGGCUGCAAAGGGCAAACGGAGUCCUCAAGAGGCCAAGGGGCAUAAAGAAAAGGCACUUCAAAGAAAUGGAAGAUCCGAGCAUUAGGAGGAAACAAGGAGCCAAACCAUUUAUGGAGAACAUGCCCAAAGCAAGAGGGCCUCUGAGGCCUCUCUCAAAGAAGGUGGACCGACUUCUCAAGGUGCGGAGGGAAAGGAAGUUAGGGGGAGUCUCCUUGGACACAGAGCCAUUAUCCAUCAAGGAACAUAAGGCAGAAGACUCUUCUUUCCUGAAACAAUACUCCAUGGGCAGGCCUUCUACCUCUCCUCCUUCAAAAGCCCCACCUGAGGCUAGAAUUCUGUCAAAAGACUUGUCCUACACCAUUUUUGUUUUAGAAGAUGCAAGUGCGAGAGUCAAAAAUAUGGAGGCUCCUAAAUCAGUAUCACAUUCCAGAAAAAAUUACAUCUAUCAUAAAUCUCGCUCUCGUGUGGUUCACAGAAGACCAAAGGCCAAAACGAGUCGAAGGUUCAGAAAGGUCCAUAGACUGAUGCUUAAAAAUAGACCUCCUUCCUCUGCAGUGAGGAGCCUGAUAAAUUCCCCUCCACGAGAGGCGUUUUCAUCUUCAGGAGAACUGAGUUCUCCAGAAAACCCUUUUCAAGAAUUGUUUCUUUUUCCAGAGCCAUCUGCAAAAACCACUACUGUACACAAUGCUACUAUGCUAGAUGAGACUGCCCCUGAAAUCACUGCCCACAAGGAUCCUUCCACUGCAGAUUCUGCUGUGACUGCAGACAAUGUAAUGGCACCUGUUAAACAAACAAUUGAAACACAAUGGGAAUACCACAACAUGGGCCCUGACUUACCCUCCAAGCCCCAUGGCUCCUCUCUCCCAUUGCUCUCAUCCCCGGGGGAUCAAUUUGAAACUCAGCUAAACCAGCAGCUAAGGUCCCUCAUCCCCAACAAUGAUGUGAGAAGGCUCAUUGCUCAUGUUAUGCGGACACUGAAACUGGACUGCUCAGAGCCCCAGGUACAAAUGGCCUGUGCCAAGCUCAUCUCCAGAACAGGCCUCCUAAUGAAGCUUCUCAGUGAGCAGCAAGAAUUUAAGGUGUCCAAGGCUGACUGGGAUACAGACCAAUGGAAAACUGACAACUAUAUCAACGAGAGCACAGAAGUCCAGAGUGAGCAAAAAGAGCAAGAGUCAAGUGAGGUGAGGACAACUGCAGAAACAUGAGGCUCAGACUUUUCCAUCAGAGUUCAGGACAUGCCUUUAGAGUGCCAAAGCUCCUACUCCGUAGUUCAUUGUGGCCAAGCAACUUUGGCCAAGAAAAUCAUCUCCCACUUUGUUCAUUUAGAGAAUGUUGCCACUAUUCCUAGCGUAGAGGAGAAGACUUAACACACAAUUUGUACAAGAAGAGUGCCUAAUAGUAAGAUUAUUAGAUUUGGUAUGUUCUUUAUGAACCUAUAUAGGCUGCUAACCAAGAGGUCAGCAGUUUGAAUCUGCCAGGCACUCCUUGGAAACUCUAUGGGGCAGUUCUACUCUGUCCUGAAGGGUCGCUAUGAGUCGGAACCGACUCGACGGCAGUGGGUUUGGUUUUUGGUUUGAGUUUAUGAACGUAUGAGCUAGAUUCACCUGGAAGAAUUGGGUUUUGAAACUAAUUAGUUAGCUCUUAUCCUUUUCAUCACUUUGCUCUACAAAAAAACAGAGUUUUUUUUUUCCUAUUUUUUAGCUCACAAAAGAAGUUCCAGGAUACGGCUAUAACCACAAACUCAUCCUGGCAAUAUCCCUAACUGUGGUAGUGAUGAUUUUGAUUAUACUUUUCUGCC